UUGACGCGAAAUCACCACACGCAUGCAGAUCAGCGAGGACCCACUGAUGUAUCUGCUGGACACGCCUGGCAUUUUGAGUCCUGCCACUAAUGACCCCCAAACUGCGCUGCAGUUGGCACUGUGCGGGAUCCGAGAGAGUGCAUCGGCCAACAGUAGUUUCUUUCCUGGGACAAACUGCAAGAUUCGAAUUCCUCCGCCCUUCUUUUCAACAAUGACCAGCGGACUCAUCCACUCUGCCGGUUCCUCCAUCUUCACGAUGAUGCCUUCGGCCUCCAUGCGCUCCAGUUCCUCGCGCAAAGGGACCUGCCUCGCUUACGUCGACUACUUGGGGCUAGAUGAACCGUGCGAAGACAUCCGACUCGUCCUGUACAAGACGGCACUCAACAUGCGUGCUGUAAACAAAGUGCGCACCUACGAAGGAUGGAGCCUGCGCCCCAACCAGGAGGCAGCGGCGGUUAACCUCAUUCAGGGCUUUCGGCGGGGUCUUCUCGGCAGGAUCACGUUCCUGCCAGAUUCAGGAAACAGCAUGCUGGAUGCUGCAAGGCAACCCAGUGCUGCAUAGCAGCUUAGCUAGGUGUGAACUCGAAAACACUCUGCGUCAUCGCAGAUUCUUUCUGCAAACCCACAGCCCCUUCACACUAGUACGGGGGGGGGGGGGGCGCCCACGAGAACUGUGCCCCAGAUUAGAGAGUUGACAGCAUAAAGGAAAAUCCAGCGGAUCAGAUUUCUUCUACCGUGGGCAAAUUCAUAGUGUCAAACCCCCCAGCAAACAAGCAUCCAGUUCAAGUUCCAGUGUCCUUGUUUGCUGCAAGGCUCGUUUAACAUCUCACCGUUUUAGGGCACGAAAGCCCACCUAUAGAAGUCGCUGCCAUGUUCGGCCUGCUGGAGCCUUCGACUGGACAACACAGGCGCAUCUGCAUUGGUCUGAAGAUGGAACCCAGCUUGUCCCAUAAUCGUCUUGUUUUCGUCUACUGCAGGUCUUUCACUUUAUGAGUGCAUAGUAUCAACUGGCCCGGCUUAUUACGUUGUUACUUCAAAGAUGAUGUUUAUCUGCAUUAUUACCUGGAAACAUGUGGGAAGAGAGGCAAUCUGUGCCUUUGUCGAAGAUGGCAGCACUCUGGACGCAUGGAGAACAUCGCUGUGCAUGUGACGGUAACAUAGUAGGAAGCUGUUCCUACAGUGCAGUAGUCAACUAGUCGUGACUGCAAUUUUGGAUGCACCACUUGUGCUCAUGUGAACACGAUUGGUGCUGCACCUCCAUGGUAUGGCAAUUGCCGGCUCCCGAGCAAGGCAAGGUAGCUCUGGGAAGUGAGACAUGGUGCUAUAGUUUUGCAAAGAGGGGAUCAUUAUGAAAUAGGUUCUAAAUAG